AUUCUUUAAUAUUAUAACUGUUUUUUUGAAAAUUUAUUUUCUGUUCUCUUUCUCAAAACUAAUUUUAUUUUAUUUUCCAUUACGUGUUUCUAUACGUAUUUAGAGAAUUAUAUAGAAAAUAUAUUGGGAAUUGAAUUGUGUAAUUAUGCGCGCGCGCGCACACCCACCUACCCACUUACCUACCCACGCACCCGUAUACACAUUAACAUAUGCGUGUAUCACUGUUUGUUCCAUCAUAUGUGAUGACAACACAUGCUCACUAUCCUCCUACUAUAUAUACACACUUACAUGUGUGUGUAUAUAUUUCAUAUCGCUUCACUCUCUCUUUGUGUGUAUAAGGAAGGAUAUUUAUGUACCUUCCAAUAGAAAGAACCACCUCUUGAAUUCACGAUGUGAAGUGAAACAUCUGUGAUGAUGAUGAUGAAGACAUGAAAUCACAAAUUGCUCAAAUUUGAGAGAACCCAACAACACCAACCACCAACAAUCACGUGAAUAUUCACCAUCUGAUGAUGAUGAAAGCCAACAACUACACCACACAUGACGUGUGCUAUCUCUCAUAUGGUGAGGAUAAUAACUAUUGGGUAUACAAAUUGGUGUGUGUGUGUGUGUGCGUGAAUGUCUUUAUGUAUUUAUUUUCACGUCAUCAAAAACUUGAUAUGCGUGUUGACUUUCCAUCAUCGUUCAAUUUACGUCCAUUUAUGACGCAAUCGAAAGGAUCGCCUAUCUUGUAUAAAUUAUAUGCUACAGUAAAUCAUGAAGGUUAUAGUUGUCGUAGUGGACACUACGUCUCUUUUACACAACGUCACGGGCAAUGGUUAUCGCAUAAUGAUAGCUUUAUCUCAACAACCAGUCUGGAUCACGUAUCCCGUCAGUAUCCUUAUCUACUUUUCUAUGAAAUGAUUCGCAAUCCACCAAACAGUACAGCUAAUGGAAUGACAACAACACCGUCAGCGCCAGGGACAACCACCACAACAAUGGCAUCAUCAAAUCAACAGUUAUCCUCAAAUAAUACAUUAUUAUCACACAUACAACAUACACAGAAACAAAAAUCAAUAGUUAUUAAGACCUUUAAUACUCCUACGACUACUACCACGACCACCACCACCACUCUGACAACUCGUCCGCCACUGCCAACCACCACAUCAUCAUCAUCAUUAUUGUCAUCUCUUAAUAUAACAAAACAAGCUAAUCUACCCUCUAUGACAUCGACAAUAGCAACAACAACAUCAACUACUACUACUAUUACAUCGGCUAAUUUAGCAUCACUGUCACGUAUUCAAACAACUAAUCCACUUUCGAAUUCCAAUGUCAAUCUUCCCUCUACACCGUCAUCGGCGUCGUCCUCGUCAAGCAUACCGAAAAUUGUUUUCAAUCCUAAAAUUUCAUUGAAUAAAUUUAAGAUUAUACCUACACCGGCUGUUUCGUUAACACCGUCAACAUCAACAAUAACAACAACAACAGCCAAUAGUCUUUUCAAUUCAACAUCCAGUUCAUCAAAGUCUAAAAGUUAUCAAGAUUCAAUAAAUUGUAAUAAUAAUAACAAUAUCUACAACAAAAGCAGCUCAAAUAUUUCAACAAUACCAUUACCAAGUGCUUUUCCUGCCAAUACGACAACUUCUGCUGCUACUACUACUACUACUCCAUCCACAGUACCUGUACCUGUAUCUUUAUCCAGUUCUACGGUUCGACAGUUACUUUAUGGAAAGGAGAAUCAACCGGAGUUAUGGAGUGAACGACCGACACCAGUGCAGUCAACUGUCACAUCAUUUAAUGAAAGCAAACAUCAUAACCACCACCACUACAACCACUCCACCACUGAUAGUAGUCAGUCUUCUUUAUCAAGUAACAAUCCCUAUAAGCAAACUGACAAUCAUCGAAGUGUCAAUGAGGCAAGGGUGGCGAAAAUAGAUUCUGCUCAACGACUGCCUACUGUCCAUACCAGUGAUUCACGUAAUGGUGAACACAAACACCCGCGUCCAUUGGUCGAUUAUGGAGAUGAGAAAUCUGAUAGUGACUCGGAGAGGUCGUCACUGUCUCCACCAUCGAAACGAAGACAUAAGUCCAGCAGUGACUCUGAUUCCGGUAUUGUAUGGAUCCCGUUGAAUUCUUAUCAUGAAAAGCCGAGAAAACACGAUAGCAUAAAAUCGUUGUCCUCGUCCUCUGAUCGGCAUAGUAAACACAACGGUGGUGGCGGUAGUGGCACUGGAAGCAACAACAGCAGCAAUAGCAGUAAACGUCAUAAGAAAAAGCAUAAAAGUCAUUCGUCAAAGCAUAGUUCACAUUCACGCUAUGACUAUGAUGAUGAUAAUGACGAUGAUAGUGUUUCAAGACAUUAUACCGGUGGUGGCGGUGAUCACCAUCAUCGACGUUUUGAACGCAGUCGAAGUCGACAUCGUGAUAAUAAACAUCGUCAUCAUCAUGAUGAUGAUGAUCAUCGUGACAGUAUGAAAUACAGACGACGUGAUUCUUUGGAUUCAAGAAAUGACCGACGGCAUUCUCAUCAUAAACACCAUAAACGAUCAUAUGAAAAUGCUGGAUAUAGCCAGUUUUGCCUGAUCUAUUCGCGUAAUGCUUUGUUAAAGCGACCUGUUUUGCGGAUUUUCUCUGUCAUCAAGCAGCCCAAGCUAACGGAAGUCCGAAUGACAUUGAUUUGCCGUUCAGACGAGCCUGCUGUGAAGUGGUCGACACAACGCGCGACUGUCAAAAAUUUUUUCAUAAUAAUGGAGCAAUCUAUGCGUGAACUUAGAUUAGAGAAUGGUGAUCGUGAAAGCCAAUAUGGAUAUGUUUAUGCUGUGUCAGGUCCUGUUGUCACUGCCUCUUCAAUGGCUGGUUCUGCUAUGUAUGAAUUAGUUCGUGUUGGACAUGAUGAAUUAGUCGGAGAGAUUAUUCGUUUGGAAGGCGAUCUAGCGACAAUUCAAGUCUACGAAGAAACAUCUGGUGUUACUGUAGGUGAUCCUGUCCUUAGAACUGGUAAACCUUUAUCCGUGGAACUUGGACCUGGAAUUGUAAACAAUAUUUUCGACGGUAUUCAACGUCCUUUGAAAGGCAUUUGUGAUUUAACCAAUUCAAUCUAUAUUCCUAGAGGUGUAAAUGUACCUGCAUUAGAUCGUAAAAUUGAAUGGGAGUUUAUACCAACACCUGGUCUGAAAUCAGGCAUGCAUAUUACUGGUGGUGAUAUCUACGGUGUUGUACCAGAGAAUACACUAGUACAGCAUCGAAUUAUGCUAUCACCAAAAGCUCAAGGUACAAUCAAGUGGAUAGCACCAGCUGGGCAUUAUACACUGUCGGAUAAGAUAUUGGAGAUAGAAUUCGAUGGACAGACAAGUCAUCAUACAAUGCUUCAAGUAUGGCCAGUACGUCAACCUCGUCCAGUUGCUGAAAAACUUCCUGGUAAUCAUCCCUUGUUGACUGGUCAACGAGUAUUAGAUGCUCUGUUCCCAUGUGUUCAAGGUGGUACAACAGCUAUACCAGGUGCCUUUGGUUGCGGUAAAACAGUCAUAUCUCAGUCAUUAUCAAAAUAUUCUAAUUCUGAUAUUAUCGUCUAUGUUGGUUGUGGUGAACGUGGAAAUGAAAUGUCAGAGGUGUUACGUGAUUUUCCAGAGUUAACAAUUGAAGUGAACGGUAAACAAGAAUCAAUUAUGCAGCGUACAGCUCUUGUCGCCAACACCUCGAAUAUGCCUGUAGCUGCACGUGAAGCCUCAAUUUACACAGGGAUUACCCUGUCUGAAUACUUUCGUGAUAUGGGUUAUAAUGUAAGCAUGAUGGCGGAUUCAACAAGUCGUUGGGCUGAAGCAUUACGUGAAAUAUCUGGUCGAUUGGCUGAAAUGCCUGCUGACUCAGGGUAUCCAGCUUAUCUGGGAGCUCGACUUGCAAGCUUUUAUGAACGUGCUGGUCGUGUUCAUUGUCUCGGUGGACCAGAAUUACGUUAUGGAUCAGUUGGUAUUGUCGGUGCUGUAUCACCGCCUGGUGGUGAUUUCGCUGAUCCUGUUACAUCAGCUACACUGAGUAUUGUUCAGGUAUUUUGGGGAUUGGACAAGAAAUUGGCUCAACGUAAACACUUUCCCAGCGUUAAUUGGCUUAUAUCCUAUUCAAAGUAUCUACGCACGCUAGAUGAUUAUUAUGAUCGUCAUUUCCCUGAAUUUGUUGCAUUACGGACUAAAAUGCAAGAAAUUCUGCAAGAAGAAGAAGAACUCUCUGAAAUUGUUCAAUUAGUUGGCAAAGCAUCUCUUGCUGAAGCAGACAAAAUCACAUUGGAAGUUGCACGUAUUAUAAAAGAUGACUUCCUACAGCAAAAUGGUUAUUCAUCUUAUGACAGAUUCUGUCCAUUUUAUAAGACAGUUGGUAUGAUGAAAAAUAUUAUCGCUUUUUAUGAUCAAGCAAGACAUGCUGUUGAAGUCACCGCUCAAUCUGAUCGUCGUGUUACAUGGGCAUUAAUACGUGAAGCAAUGGGUCAAACUAUUUACAAAGUGUCUAGUAUGAAAUUUAAAGAUCCUAAAGCUGAUGGAAAAGAAAAAAUUCUUCGAGACUAUGAUGAACUACACGAAGAGAUAUCCGCUGGAUUCAGGAAUUUAGAAGAUUUAUAGAAAAUGAAAAAGUUGAAAUGAUAACAGUUUUGCAUGUGUGUGUUUUUGCGUCUGUUGGGGGACCAUAUUUCCUAUUUCUACUUAUUAUCCCUCCUGCUGUUUCCCUCACCUUGCAGUCUGCCCUCCGACCUUCAUUUUUUUAAAAAUCGCAUAUUUAUUCUUCAGUUAGUUGAUUUGUGCUGUCCUCUCAGAACUAUGUGACUGAGAGCGGCGGCGGUGGCAGGAGGGAGGCCGGAGGGUUUAUUAUGAUUUAUUUAUUUAUUGAUUUGUUUAUUCUCUCUAAUUUUUAUGAUCAUCCGAGGUCAUCUUUAACAGUAUAUACUGAUCUCUAUGUUUGUUGGUGCCAAAUCGUUUACUGGCAUUCUUACUCAUCACACACACACUGUGUUAAAGGAUAACUGACUGACUUGUGGUGUGAUAUUUCAAUGCAUAAUAUGUGAUUAUUAAUCAAUUAUCGGUGUAUCGUAUUAUAUUAUUAUUCUUAUUAUUAUUUUUAUUCUGUAAGGCUAAUAUUCAUUCAUUCAUUCUUGUUGUAGUCCUCUGGUUCUUCCCGUGGCACCCCUCUCCAUUCCCCCUCUUACUCCUACAACUUGCUCUCUACUCACACCCAUCUGUCGGGUAUUUUUGACAGUAACUAGGAUAGAAUGUGCAUCAUCAUAUGUGUACUUGAUUAUUAUUAUUAUUAUUACUCAACUAACCUUUUGUCGACACAUUCCAUAAAAUUAGUUCUUAGCGUGCGUUUUUUUAUACACUCGCGCCUUUUUCACUGGUGAAAUUUAUUUAAAACAAAAAUUCAAAUUGAGUACUGUUCACUUUGUUAGCAUUCGAUUUCUUUCUCAUUGUUGUUGUUGUUGUCCUUCGUGUCAUGUCGUGUUUGUCUUUGUGUGUGCAAUUGUGUGUGUGUGUGUGUAGACAUUGGCAAUUACGUAUAUUUACGUAUUUAUGCAUAUAAUUAUGAAAUCUAAUAAUUUUACUUACAGUAAUUAUUUAAUUGAUUUAUUGAUUGAUUUACUGAUCACACAAUGACACACACACAAAACACACAUCUAAUUAUAAAAGCAAUACAUUGAUGAUAUUACCGA